AUGAAGAAAAAUGAAGGGGAUGCAUAUAUGAGCCGUCUCAGCAGCUCUGCUUCCAGUAUUCGCGCAAGUAACUACUCAAUAGCCCGUUCGUUUGAGCCCAGUUUGAGCUCUUACCGAUUUGCCAAUUAUACUCCACCUACUCGAUCAUUAGGUUCAUCAGAUAGGGUAUCGUCUUAUGAGAACUAUUCGACAAAAUGCUCUUCAAAUAAUGGUUCAUUAAGAAGAUCCAGUUCUUCCACAUCUUAUGGACGAACAUUGUACCAAAGUCCAAGUAUGCAGAAGUAUGGUUCUGUACAUGAAUCUAGUAUCAAACCCACAAAUCCCUAUAAACAUUUACCUAGUCGGGAUAAUAAAAGUAACAACGUUCUGAGCACAAGUACAACUUAUGGGAGCAUAAGCUCUCUUACCAGUUCUAUUGGUACUAAUAACAAUAUUCGCACCAACACUACAUCGGGAGUAAGAUCUAGAUCGUCUUCGGUAACACCAAGCUAUCGAACCGUGAAUGUAGCUCAGCUGAACAAACAAGCGAAAGAAAGAGCGGAACGGGAAGAAAAGCUGAAAAACUAUCUGGAAUGGUCGGAGCGUGAGAAGCAGAAAGAUAUGGAGUUAAAAGAUGAUAUUCUCGACUUAGAAUUUCGAAAAGUCUUAGGAGCUGAUCCAGUCAAUACCAAUAGAUCGUACUCGCAGUUUUCUCGAUCAGGAGCAAUAGAAUCUGAUAUAGGUAGCCUUCGGAGCUCAAUGGCUAAACGGAACACCUUGAAUAGCUCAACAGAAUUAUUCAACAGAGCGAACGACGAAACGCCCGAGAGAAAGUUCAACGAAAUGACCAUUUCAACAUCAUCAGCUUGCGCAAAUGGAUAUACCGGUCUGCGAAACAUUGGAAACACCUGUUUUCUCAACUCUACUGUUCAAAUUUUGGCAAACCUCAUAGAACUGAAAAAGUAUUUUUUGGAUGGUUUAUAUAUAGCUGAUUUGAAUCGAGAGAAUGCUCUGGGCUGUCAGGGAAGAAUAGCUGAAGCUUUUGCUGAUAUAAUGAAGUCCUUAUGGAGUGGAAAGCAUAGAGCCAUUGAUCCGGUCCGUUUAAAGGAGCUAGUUGGUUUGAAAGCCCCUCAAUUCGCCAACUGUGGACAACACGAUGCGCACGAAUUUCUAUCAUUUUUGCUCGAUUUGCUACAUGAAGAUUUGAACAGAGUUAGAGUGAAACCAAUAGUUAGCCAAACGGAUAACGAGAGCGGAAAUGAUCUUAAGGUCUCAUCAGAAACAUGGAAUAACCAUUUAUUAAGGAAUAAUUCAAUUUUUGUUGAUCUAUUCCAUGGACAGUUGAAGUCAAAACUGCAGUGUCCUAAAUGCGACAAAGUGUCUAUCACGUUCGAUCCAUUCGUUUAUCUACCAGUUCCAUUUCCCAAACCAAAAAAAACAGUUUCUUUGUUAUAUUGGCCACUAGAUUCAAAUAAAAAACCUAUAAAGCUGUCUCUACGUUACUCAGUCGAUGGAGUACUUGAUGAUCUAAGCAAACUGAUUAGUGAGGUUGUGAAUGUAUCUCCACAACAAAUCAGAUUGAUUGAAGUAUUUGGACACAGGAUACAAAAAGUUUUUGAUGGAACCGAGAAACUGACAGAGUUGUGCAGUGGGAUUGUCAUCUACGCGUUUGAGCUUUGCAAAGCCGAUGAAGAAAUAGUUGAGCUAUAUGCCAUACAGAGGUUGCUCUAUGUUUCUUCUCUGCGAUACUGCUGUAGUGAAUGCGGAAAUUUCAAAGGAAAACUGAAAGCUUGCGAGGCUUGUUACAAUGCGUAUUAUUGCGAUAAAGAAUGCCAACUGACUCAUUGGAAUGAAGGACACAGGGAUGAAUGCCGGAGACGUAGUCAAGCAGAAAGUGUCGGACAACCUCUGGUUAUCUCAAUACCCAAAUCGCAACUGAAUUAUUCCAACCUUGUAAGAAUUUUGGAUAAGAAGUGCAGACAUUCUGUUAAUGUGACAGCUCUUCAAAGUUUUGAAGAUGUUGAUGGUCACGAUUUAUCGAACAGUUCAUUAGUGAAAUCGAGAAGUAUUUCUUCCAUUACUAGCAUAACGCAGGAAAGGACUCCUUCAAAAAAGCGAGACCGUCAACUACUAUUAAGAGUUAUUUCUAGCCAAGCUCAUAUACUGGGAGACACUAUCAGCAGUGAGAGCUCUGGUUCAGAAUCAGAAGGACAAACCCUUAUGGUGAAAUCUGGAUCUUUCUUAUCUGUUAACUGGUACAACUUUCGUCAUGGCAAGCCAUUCUUGAACGUUGAAACCAAGAAGACUAUAGACUUCGACGUUCUUGAAACAGAGUCUUCGAACACGACUUCAGCACAAGCAAUCACAACGUUAGAAGACAUGCUGGAAAUGUUCUCUGAAACAGAGCGGUUGAAACCGGAGGAAUCUUGGUACUGUAAUAAGUGCAGAGACCAUGUAGAGGCAACGAAGAAAUUGGAAUUGUUUCGUCUUCCACCUAUACUGAUUAUUCAACUUAAGCGUUUUGUCUACACCUCUAGCUACCACACUAUGCAUCGUAGAAGCAAAGAUGAACGCCGAGUGGUCUACCCUCUGGAAGGUUUGGAUAUGACUUCAUAUUUAUCAGAUACGUCUUCCACACAUCUGUCAACAAUAUAUGAUUUGGUUGGCGUUGUUUGUCAUAGUGGGAGCAGUUUCUUUGGACAUUACAUCAGUAUGGGUAGACUUACUUCCUUCGAUACAACUGAUACAGAAAUCGGAUGGAGAUCAUUCGACGAUUCCGUCGUAACGAAUCAACCAAUCUCAGCGGUACAAUCAGAUGAUGCUUAUCUGCUAUUCUAUAAACAAAGAGGAAAUGCUACACGACCAGUUUUCAGGAAGAACUACGGGGUAGAUAUCAAUGAGUGA